CCUCUCCUUUACUCCACUAAAGUCAAAACAUUGAAAAUUAAACAAACUUCAAACGAGUAAACAAGGUGUUUUCUUAUAAUGCGGCUAUGGAUUUAGAAGAAUCUGUGCCGGUCGAAAAGCCAGAAGCUGAGAAAGUUCGUUUCACCCACAAUGAGCUUCUGGAAAUCACGAAUAAAACUCUAAGCGAUUUAAUAUCCUGCGAUUCUCUCAUAAAAGACCUUCCACACGACCCAACUUUGGACGAGAUAAACGCACAGCUCGCCCUUCACCACGGCCAGUCCAUAACUGUCAUCGUGAAAAAGGACAACAACGAGAAACUUCCUAUUGUCGUGCAUCACGGUGCUACUGUUUCCGAUUUGAAAAAAGCGAUUAGACGUUAUGUGGCCCUGUCUUUAAGAAGAAAAGGUGAUAAUACGAAAAUCUCCUGGAAGUACGUAUGGAAGGAGAACAACUUGAAAUCAGGUUCAGUGAUUUUAGAAGAAGACAGAGCUAAACUCAACGACUGUGGUAUUGUCAACGGAAGUAAAGUCACAUUUGUAAAAAGAUUCAGACAAAAGAAUUCGAUAAAAUAUUCAAAAUCUAAAAGGGUUAAUUAUUAGUAGCUUUAUAGUUGUUUUUUAAAAUAAUAAAUUAUAUUUUCAUGGC